AUGGAUAAAUGGAUAAAAAUUAUUAUAAAAUCAUAUUCUUCUCCAGAAACUUUGGAAAGACUUCCAAGAAUAAAUAAUAAAAUGAACUUAUUUUGCGUACACGGUUUUUCAACCUCCCUCGUUUAUUUUUCCAAAAAAACAGAGAACAUGUACAACAAAAAUUAUUUAUUUGUUUUUUUUAUUGUUAUAUUAUUAACCAUCACAAGUACUUCUCUAUAUUUAUCUAAUAAUAAUUCCAAUAUAAAUUUAAUAAAUGGUAUAGAUAAGAUUAGGAGUGAACAAGUUUCAUUGAAACAUACUGUCAAUGUCUUGACCAAACACAUAAAAGAUAUUAAAGAUACCAACACUCAAAUUAAUAUUGGUUCGACAACUACUUUAAGUGAUUCUUUUGUCCAAGUGAUGAAGGAUAAAUUGUAUAAUCAAGAAUAUACCGAGGAACAAAGUGCAGAAGUAGGAUCUCUUCUUUUAAAUUCUGUUCUAUUCCAAGAUGGUCAAUGUGAUUCAUACAAGGUACUCGGAGGUGGUUCUGACAACGGUGUUCCAGGUGAAGGAUCGUGGAAGAUUUGCCAAGAUUCUGACAAGUGGCAUGUCAACCGAUCAAAUCAAUGUCAAGUAUUCUCAUUUGGAAUUGCAAAUGAUUUUACUUUUGAUGAUGAAUUGACAAAGCUUGGCUGUAAAGUUGAAAGUUUUGAUCCUUCAAUGUCGAUGGAGAGUCAAAAGAGAAGUGAUUUAAAUAAUUUUUGGAAAAUAGGUAUUGCUGAUAAAGAUACUAAUGAUUUUGAAGGAAAGGAGUACGGGGGAAGCAGAAAGCAAGUCUGGGAAGUAUACACUUUAGAAACUCUCAUGAAGAGAUUCAAAGUUGAAUAUUUGGACUUUUUAAAGAUGGAUAUCGAAGGAAAUGAGUGGCCAAUUCUCAAACAAUGGAUCGAAAGUGGAAUUCUUAAGAAAAUAAAGAUGCUCACCUUCGAAGUUCAUUUUUGGUCUUCAACUCAUGAUAUACAUACUCAUUUGGAGUGGGCCAAAAUAAUCAUUGCUCUAAGAGAACAAGGCUUCAAACUAUUUGGAACAAGAGAGAAUCCAAUGAGCACAGAUGAAGACCUCGGAUUCUUAAAAAAAAGUAGUUGUUGUUAUGAUUUAUACUGGUAUAACUCUAAUAUAUAA